AUGCUCGAUGUUGGCUAUUUUUUACGUGUGAUUGAAAUCGGUCUUCGACAUCGAUUAAAUCGAUCGAAGAAGAAGAAAAAAAAUCUCUGGGAUGAGUCAGUCACAAAAGGACGUUGUGGAUUGAAUGAUCUUGACAUAAAUUGGCAUAUGAACAAUGGACGUUAUUUACGUGAAGCUGACUUCAGUCGAUUUACUUUGAUAAUUGAAACUGGAUUGUGGGAUGCGCUCAUGGCUCGACGAAAGACUGAACCCGAAUCGUAUAUGUUUGCCAGUGCAAUUCAAGUUCAAUAUCGGCAGAGUGUUUCACGAGGAGAUCGAUUUAUGUUUACUGCUCGUCUAAUCGGAUGGGAUGAUCAUGCUUUCUACAUUGCACAAUCGAUGAUUCUCGAUAAAAAUCAAGAAGUGUCUUGUUCUCUUUUGGCACGACUAACGGUCACUCCACGAUCUUUAACACCACAAAUGCUUGUCGCUGAUGCUGGUUAUGGAUCAAUUGAAUCGCCUGUUCUUCCAGCAGUCGUUGAGAAUUUCAAAGAAAAUUAUAAAUUACCAACUAUAACUGUUAAAUCGAAAUUGUAA